AUGCACAGCAAAAAGCAGCAGCAAUUUGACAGCAAAUCUCUACCUUAUGGCUGGUCCCUGUUGAUAAAUGAAGGAAAGGUCAGAAUUAUCCAUCCCGGGAACACUUUGGAAUAUCAGUGGAAGCAGGUUCUUCAAAGCCCUUUGCGGUUGAACAAAUCCACACCGGCCUUCGGUCAAACACGGCUAAAGAGUGUAAAGGAUGAACCACGCCUGAGAACUGCCUCCACCAUCCCUUCCAGGUCCCUUCGGAAAGCGACUUUACCGGAAAAUAAAGCGCUAUUUCAGCCUCAGGGAAGUGACACGGAUCCGUGGCAUCCUUUACUGAGACUCUAUCUACGUCAACUGCCAGAGCCGGUCAUACCUUUCGCUAAAUACAAAGACUUUCUGUGCUGUGCUCAACCGCUAGCGGGGCACGAAGAAGAGGGACAAGAAGCGUUAACAAGGCAGGUGACACCCCUCCCCACCGAUAACUUUAACCUGCUGCUGCAGUACAUAUGCAGAUUCCUGGAUGAGGUUCAGUCUUAUUCCAGUGUAAACAAGAUGAGUAUUCAGAAUCGCGCUACUGUUUUUGGACCGAACAUCCUGCGGCCCAAAGUGAAUCAUCCUGAAACGGUGUUUGGAGGGACUGCAUUAGUGCAGCAGCUGAUGUCUAUAAUGAUAAACGAACACAGUGACCCGUUUCUACACAACGUUCUGAAGGCUACAUCGGUUGGACAAGAUGCUAAAAGCUUUGAGUCAGAAUUAACAGCCUCUUCUCCAAUUUCAAACCGAGAGACCACGAGCAAGAACGGAGCGAACAUCAACACCUUUGGCACACAUUCCCAUACUUCACCAGCAGUUGGCGAGAUUGAAUUGGCAAAAAUGACCAAGGAUAUCAGAUCCGGUCACUCAAGGACAAACGCAAGGCAAUCCAUAGGCAGAUCUCAGUCAACCAGCAGAGAAAAUCUCCCCCUUCAUACUGAAGUUGGCCAGCAAGCCUCAUCAUUUGGGGCACCCAACGAUGUUUUAAAUGGCAAUUUCACAAUCCAGUUACAUGGGGAUAAGUCUGUGAACCAUCCCUUAUUAAACAAAGCAGGUAUUCAAACCACGGCUGCUCAUGUGCAGAGUGACACGGGGACAAGUGUUACAAACACUUCCAACAUUUGGAAUGAAAAGCAGAGGGAUGACCUGUGGGAAUCAGGUGAAAGCACAUACAAAAGCAAACUCUCAAUGUAUGAUAACAUCACGGUUUCCUUGGUGAACACAGAGGAUGUGCAGAGUGACCACAGUCCACCCUGGUCCACAUCAUCCUGUGAGAUCUCACUGGACGAUCAUUUCCAGUCCUCUGGGACCACUUGCCCAGAGGAAGAAUUAGAAAGAAGUUCUUCAGAGCUCAGUAUAACAGCUCCAUUGAGGCCCGAAACGCCAGGAAAUACCCAAAUGCCUGGGUUUGCAUUUGGGUACUCAGGCAGCAGUGAAAACAACACCACCUUUGUUUCUCUCAAUGAUCCUAGUUAUUGCGCCUUGCGAGGAUUUGCAGCCACCUUUAAACGGAAACUGGUUAAGCAGAAGGAGCAAUAUGAGACCAGGAUCGAGGGUCUAGAGAAGAGACAUCAGGAGCUGGAACAAGAGGUGCAGAACUUACACUUAAACCUGAACCAGCAAAGGAUAUGCUACGACAUUGCCAGGAUCAAGCUGAGAAAUAUUGAACGGGCAAGAGAGGACGCAGAGAAAAGAAACGACAAGUUGCAAAUGGAAAUGGAACAGUUCUUCGAUACUUUUGGGGAUCUUGACCACAGACAUCAAGAUCAAUAAAUCACCUGAGCACUAGAUUCUAAGUAUGUAUUCGUAUACACUUAAACCCUGGCAAGCCGGGCCAGUGGGUGGGGAAUAAUAAUAAUAAUCCUUGCAUUUGAUAUAGCG